UAAAGCCCCUGUGCUCCUCAGUCUCAGUUAGUCUCAGUCAGCAUGGAAAUCUCAGUUAUAUUUGUGCUGCUAGUGACUGUAGCACAUUCUUCAGCAAAGCUGUUUACUGCUGAGGGGUCAGACGAGUGGCUAUUAGCAGAGAGAUAUCUCCGGAGGUAUUAUGGGCUACAGGCUGGACUCCUGGGUAAAGCAAAAUCAUCAGACAUUAUGGCCGACAAAAUCCGGGAGAUGCAGUCGUUCUUCAGGCUGGAGGUUACAGGCAAGCUGGACGACAACACACUGGAUCUGAUGAACAUGGCCAGAUGUGGCGUGCCAGAUGUUGCUGAGUAUAAUCACUUCCCCAGAGACAUCAAGUGGGACAGCAACCUUGUGACAUUCAGGAUCACAAACUACACUCCUGAUCUGGACAAGGAUGACGUGGACCGAGCUGUCCACAAUGCUCUGAAGGUCUGGAGUGAUGUGACUCCUCUGAAGUUUAAGAAGCUACAUGAAGGGAAUGCUGACAUUAUGAUCAGCUUUGGAAGGAGAGAACAUGGAGACUUUAAUCCAUUUGAUGGGCCCGAGGGACUCCUUGCCCAUGCUUACCCACCAGGAAAAGGCAUAGGUGGUGACACACACUUUGAUGAAGAUGAAACAUGGACAAAAGACUCACAGGCUUUUAACCUGUUCUUGGUUGCGACUCAUGAAUUUGGCCACGCCCUCGGUAUGGCUCACUCUUCUGAUCCUGGAGCGCUGAUGUUCCCAGUGUAUUCCUACUCCCGCGGGUUCCCUCUCUCUGAUGAUGACAUUAAAGGCAUUCAGUCCCUUUACGGGCCAAACCCCGACCACAGAAAAGUCAAACCCAAACCUAUAGCUCCAAACAAGUGUGACCCUAUGCUGACCUUCGAUGCCAUGACAGAACUCCGUGGAGAGAUCAUAAUUUUCAAAGACAGUUUCUACUGGCGGCUGCACCCGCAGAUGGUGGAGCCUGAGCAGACCCCCAUUAAAACCACCUGGCCGUACAUCCCCAAGAAAGUGGAUGCAGCUUAUGAGAAUCCAGAGAAAGACAUUGUCAUCAUAUUCAGUGGUAUCAAAAUGUGGGCUCUGAAUGGUUACACUCUGGUGGAGGGUUAUCCAAAAUAUAUCCACAAGCUGGGGCUUCCCAAAUCCAUCCGCAAAAUAGAUGCUGCGGUUUACAUCCGAGACACGGGCAAGACUCUGCUGUUUGCAGAUGAGGACUACUGGAGCUAUGAUGAACAGAAAGGCAUCAUGGAUAGUGGAUAUCCAAGAUCUAUAGAGGAUAACUUUCCUGGAAUAGGAGAUGAGGUGGAUGCUGCAGCCUAUCACUACGGAUACCUGUCCUUCUACCACGAGCAGACUCAGUUUGAGUACAGUUUCAGCUCGAGGAAAGUCAUUCGCAUCCAAAGAGUCAACUCUAUCUUCAACUGCUGAUCUGAAACAGCUGCCUAACAUUUGAGAACAGGAGUGUGAUACUUCAUAUUUAUUAUGCCAUGAUCUUUUUUUCUGACUAUUGAACUGGUGAAUCAGUUAGAGUACAGUUCUGUAUUUUUCCGUGCAUGUAUACUUUUUUACGAGUCGAACUGCUGGAGAGUUUAAAUGAUGUAAAAGCCAACACAAAUAAAGAGACUACAAAGCGUUUUGUUGGGUGAUGCUGUAGAAGAUCCAUGUUGGGAACAGUGUUUUAAAGAGUGUGUGGAACAUUUAUAUCUGAUGAAGGUUAUAUAAACAUUUAAAAUGUUCUUCAUACUCACAUAUCACUUUUAUAAAUAACCAUUUAGCACCUUUAUGUUCAAGAUAAUAAUAAAAUUCUACUAAACAGGCUGCUGGAUGUUUAUACUGUGGUGCAUAAUGACCAUUCACACUGGUGACAAUGUGAAUUAACAGGUUCUAUGUUGACUCAUGGACAGUGAAUAGUGUAUUUAAUGAUUUUUAAUAGAACAAAUAGAACAAUGUAAGCUGGAAAAUAAAUUCUUAACACAUUUUG